AUGCCUCAGUGGAUGCUGGCAGACCCGGGUGUCUGCGUGGGUGCUGCAGGCGUUCCCAACGCAAACCCUCCCAAACCUCCUGGCGAACAAGGUAGCACUAGGAAAGCACAAGUGGUGAAAAUUCUUGGCGAAGGUGCCUUCGGAGAGGUGAAACUUGUAGUGGAUCCCCGAAAUCCCAUGUGUUGCGUAGCUUUGAAGUGUAUAGACUUGAGAAAGUUCCAGAAUAAUAGCGAGGCACUCAAUCAGUUCAAAAAAGAGGCCUAUUUGCAACGGCUUCUAUCAACGAAGGAAUGUGAUAACAUGAUCAGGUAUAUAGGAAUGCGUGUUGAAACCGAAGGCGGCCUGAAUGAGCUUCAGAUUUACCUAGAAUAUGCAGAUGGAGGCGAACUUUUUGAUCAGAUCGAACCUGACGUUGGAAUGCCACCCGUCAAGGCACAAUGGUACUUUCGGCAAUUGCUCAAUGGGCUGAGUCACAUACAUAGCAUGGGCGUGGUCCACAGAGAUAUUAAGCCAGAAAAUCUCUUGCUUACUGGUCAAGAUAUCCUGAAAAUCUCUGACUUCGGAAUGGCAACAGUUUUUCGUCACGGAGAUCGGGAACGUAUGCUCAAUGCUACUUGUGGUACUCUCCCAUAUGCAUCCCCGCAAGUCAUAAAGGGUGUUUACAAAGCUGAGCCGGUCGACAUAUGGUCAUCGGGGAUUGUACUCGUAGCUAUGCUAGCAGGUGAACUUCCUUGGGAUUCGGCUUCCACUGAUUGUUCCGCCUACAAAGACUGGCUCAACGGCACUGUAGUUCUUACCGAGACUAACCCAUGGAAGAAAAUUGACAAUACCGCUUUGUCUCUAAUAAAAGCGAUGCUGACAUAUGAUGAGAACACGCGAGCCACACUCAAACGGAUUAUGGAACAUCCAUGGACUAAUGCAGAUUUUGUGAGUGCAAAAGAAAACGUAAACGUUCCAGCUCUGAAACGACAACGAUUGUCAACUGACAGAAUUGAUUGCCCUGCGGCGUCGCAACCUUCGCCCUUGAAAUGGACGCCUACUUGUGCGAACGGAUACAUUUCUUUCUCACAACCCGCGGAAGCACUUCUGCUGAGCACGAGUCAAGUUUCGCAGUCUACGGAUAUUGAUCCGAUGACUUUGAUGGUUCGACGUAUGACACGAUUCUGUGUCAUAGUGAAUGGCAAGGAAGUCAUUUCUCGUAUAAUCGCUGCAUGUGCUGAUUUAGGCUUUCUUCCUACGGAGAAAGCUAACAAUAUGCUUCUCAUCACAUAUCGAGAUAUGUCUUUUAUGGUCACGGUAUAUGAAGUUCCAACAAAGGUUCUUGUUGACUGCAGGAGGUCACGCGGGGACGGCCUAGAAUUCAAACGUGCGUUUUUACUGCUCAAAGCUCAUUUAUCCGACGUCAUCAGCAAGGACGGUGAAACUUGGAUGGAAAGCCGUGGAUUGACUUGCUCGCAAAACGCUCAAGUCGCUAGCUGGACGAGGAGUCGAGCAGCAUAAUUGUCAUAUACUUUCUUCACAAGCUUCAAUUCGAUGGCUGUUAGUAUGAUAUUUGCUUCAUUUUUUCCAUCUGCGAUCACGUUAUGCUCAGUUUACGUCUCUGCUUGUCACUUUUGACUCAUAAUUGACUUUGCCGACAAGGAUUCGCUAAUGUCAUAUCCUUUGUUACCUGAACACGGUGAAUUACCUCUAUAGUCAACAAUAAUAUAUGUUUUGGGAUGUGUUUCUACACUAUAUUGGCAGUGGUUUUUUUGUAUUAGGAAAAGUGGGUUUCAAGGAGUUUGUCUUAUGUUCUGUUUUGUAUCACUAUUCCGCUAUCCAAUUUAUCGUCUUAUCCGAACUCUCACAUCCUCGCAUAACUUUAUUCUUCUCAUUUUUCCCUCUUAAACACAUUUGUAUGAUUUCUUAUAUUAACAAUUCCUAUCUUUACAUUAAGUACAAAGCAUUUUCAUGUAUCAAAGCAUUUCGCUCGUCUAACCCUCAUUAUGUCUAUUUUAUGACUUGUAAUUCAUACGUUGUAGCUGUUACGGUUUUGAUCUCUCAACACUUCAUUUUGUAAUACAGGUAAUCCCGUAAAUGAAAUAAUAAAAUAUUUUCU